GCCGAACCAACCCCUAUAACGUUUAACCCGUAAAAGAUUCCGCGAACAAUGAAGUUUUCCAAUAUUGCAGCAACCCCCGUUCACUCCGCAUUCGCAAGUCACGUGCAACAGUGUCGACGAAAAACUCAACCGCUUUUGAUGUCGGCGUCUAUAUUAGCGGCUUUUUGCGAAGGCAAGCUCAUUUCUUCUCAUCCACACAGCACACAACCAUGCCUAGAACUACUUUAUAUGUUACUGGCUUCACCAAAGGCACCAACGCCGCUGAAUUGGCCCCCUUCUUCGAAAAGUACGGUAAAUUGAUCCGGUUGGACAUUCCACCUCCAAGAACCGACGAUGGGUUACCAUACGCCUUCGUAGAGUACGUUGCCGAAGAAGAUGCCGAAAAGGCUUUGACCGAAAUGGACGGUGACAUGAACAAGUUUGCCAUGGAAAAGGGCUUGAUGGUCCAGAUGGCCAGAUCCGAGCCUUUCUCUUCCAGAAGAGGCGGCAGAGGCGGCUCCAGAGGUUUCAGGGGCGGUUUCGACGGCCCUAGACGUGACUACGGCGCCCCACGCGGCGAAAGAGGCCCAUACAACGGUCCAAGAGAAAGGGGCUAUGGCGCCCCUAGAGGCGACUUUGGCUACGGCGGCCCAAGAGGCGACCGUGGUCCAUACUCUGGCCCAAGAGAACGGGGUGAAAGAGGCGGUUACAACGGCCCAAGAGGUGACUACAACGGCCCAAGAGAAAGAUACGACUCCAGAGGUGGGUACGAAAGAAGAGACUACGGCCCAAGAGACAGCCCAAGAGAAAGAUACGACGCGGACAGACCUCCAAGAGACGGCUACAGAGAGGCCAGCGACAGAGAAAGAGAGCCAAGAGAGGAGACCAGAAGAUACAGCAGAUCCCCGGCCCACUCCCCACGCAGAGGCGGCUCCAGAUCCAGAUCUCCGGUCAGAGAUUAA